UUUCUUUAUUGUCAAAUAGACAAACGAGGAAAAAGAUCUAAUAAGGGCAUAAGGUUAAGGGGUAGUUGUGGUAGGUUGCAGAGCAAUGGCUUCUGUGGCCCCUUCAGUUCUGAGUUGCUUAAGCAUUACCAAUAAUCUAGUAAUGAUUGCUCUCGUUUUUCUAAUCUUAGUUGUUCCGCUAUUCUUUCUUUUGCGAAGCUCCAAAGUCGGCCGCCGCCGAGGAGGCAAAGAGCCACCGCUGGCGACGGGAGCAUGGCCCAUAAUAGGCCAUCUCUGGCUCUUCACCCGUUCCCAGCAACCACAGAUAACUCUAGGCGCCAUGGCCGACAAAUACGGAGCCAUAUUCAGGAUCAAGAUCGGAUCACAACGUGCUGUGGUCAUCAACAACUGGAAAACCGCUAAGGAAUGCUUCACCACCAACGACAUCGCCCUGUCAUCGCGGCCAAGGGUCGUCGCCGUCGAACACCUUACCUAUAACCAAGCCAUAGUGUCGUUCGCCCCUUAUGGCCAUUAUUGGCGCGAGAUGCGAAGGAUUACCAACCAGGAAUUGCUCUCCACUCGCCGAAUCGAGUUAUCACGCCACCUUCGUGUCUCCGAGUUAGAAGCCAGCAUCAAAGCGCUCUACAAACUCUGGGCUGAGAAACACAACAACAACAACGACAACGACGCCUCCUCCUCGGGCUAUGUUGCGGUGGAGAUGAAGAAGUGGUUUGGAGAGUUGAUGCUCAGUAUGGUUCUUAGAGUGGUGGCGGGUAAACGAUAUUUUGGUGGUUCUGAUGAGGAGGAAGCACAGCGGUUCUUGAAAACCAUGAGAGAAUUCAUGCGGCAGUUGGGGUUGGUUGUGGUGGGUGACGCUGUUCCCUGGCUUCGGUGGCUGGAUUUGGGUGGGCACGAGAAAGCCAUGAAAAAGACCGCUAAGGAGAUGGACGCCAUUAUGGUGGAGUGGUUAGAGGAGCAUCGCCGGAAAAGAGCUAAUUCUGAUCAGGAUGGUGGCGAUCAAGACUUCAUGGACGUCAUGCUCUCAAUUCUUGAUGGUACUCAACUUGCUGGAUUUGAUUCCGAUACUGUCAUCAAAGCCACCACUUGGAUUCUGAUGGGAGGAUCGAUUGACACCACUUCAGGAACUCUUAUAUGGAUAUUAUCUUGUAUGUUGAACAAUACAGGCACAAUAGAACAAGCACAAAAGGAGUUGAACAUCUAUGUUGGUAAAGACAGACUUGUAAACGAAACAGACAUAAGUAAGUUGGUGUACAUUCAAGCCAUCGUUAAAGAGACAUUAAGGUUAUACCCUACAGCAAUUUUCUCAGGACCUCGUGAGUUUGCGGAUGAUUGCUAUGUUAAUGGCUACUACAUUUCAAAAGGAACGCAACUAAUCACAAAUUUAUGGAAGAUUCACACGGAUCCUAGCAUUUGGUCUGACCCAUUGGAAUUUAAGCCAGAGAGGUUCCUUACCACUCACAAAGAUGUUGAUGUUAGAGGUAACCACUUUGAGUUGAUCCCAUUUGGAAGUGGGAGAAGAAUGCGUCCCGGACUAUCAUUUGCCCUUCCCAUGAUUCAUCUAACUUUGGCUACUUUCUUGCAAUCCUUUGAAAUUUCAAGGCCAUCUGAUGAACCCAUUGAUAUGACUGAAAUAUUUGGCCUCACAACUAUGAAAGCUACUCCCCUUGAUGUUCUCAUCAAGCCACGUCUUUCUUCUAGGCUCUACGGUUUAUCUUGAUAUAUUUUAUUUUAUUCAAAAAUAUUAUUUGUACAGAAAUUAAA